AUGGCAGUAUUGCUGUUGAUUGCACAAGCAGCAAUCACAGAUGCAAAUAAUAUUAAUAGUAUCCUACAGCAAAAAUCAUCUAUAGAAGAUGAUGGAAAAAGAAGUGGAAUCCAUACUACAAGUAGGAGAAGAAGAAGCAGAUCAAGACAAAGAGGAAGAGGAAGAAGUCGAGGAAGAAGCCGAGGUGGUAGACUGAGAAGAGGUCGCAAUUGUGACCCUUUCUACGGCUACUUGUUUGAUAUGUGUGGGAGAUGGCCUUUUCCUACUUCCCCUUCCCCUCAUAAUCCUUUUCUCCAUACACCAUCACCACCACCACCAUUUUCACCUUCUCCCCAGCCGCCUCCAACUGUGCUUCCCCCACCGCCGUUUCUCUUCCCACCAUCACUACCGCCUCCUACCCCACUUAUCUGCCCUCCUCCACCAGCACCAUUACUGUUGCCACCACCAUCAGUAAUUCUACCUGCACCACCUGUAAUAGUACCUCCACCACCAGUACUACCUCCCGCACCUGUAGUACUACCUCCCGCACCUGUAGUACUACCUCCAGCACCUGUGGUAUUACCUCCAGCACCUGUAGUGCUACCUCCUGCACCUGUAAUACUUCCUCAACCACCUGUAAUACUUCCUCAACCACCUGUGAUACCACUGCCACCUCUAUGUUCCCCACCACCACCUCCACUUGUUCCUUCACCGCCACCUCCAUCGUUCUUGUAUGCACCACCAGUGUUUGGCUUCACUCCUCCUCCUCCGUUGGUCUCAAUUCAGCCACCAGAUUUUGGCUUUACUCCGCCUCCUCCGUUGGUCUCGAUUCAGCCACCAGAGUUUGGCUUUACUCCGCCUCCUCCGUUGGUCUCGAUUCUGCCACCGCAGUUUGGAUUUCCACCAUUCUUCACACCACCUACAACACCAUCAGCACUCCCCUUUCCACCACCAAUAGUUGAAUCCCCACCAAUGACACCGCCUAUAUUAUUUCCUCCACCGUUCUUGCCACCAUCUCCACCACCAGUGUUUCAGCUUCCACCCUCACCACCGUCAUCAGUUCCAUCUUCGCCGAUAGGGUUUGUAUUUCCUCCAUGGAUACCACUACAAACUCCACCGCCACCAUCUCUUGGAGAUAUAUACCAACCAUCACCAAUACCAUGGCUUCCAUGGUCGCCAUUACCAUGGCCAACACCUUCUGUUGGAGAAAUUAACCAGCCACCAUUACCAUUGCCAUGGGAAGCUCCUCCUGCUGACAAUGGUAAUGGCAAUAUUGAUCAGCCACCAACAACAUGGCCAUGGCUAACACCUCCUGAUGAUGGUAGUAGUAGUAGUCGUGGUGAUUUCAGUAUGACGCCGCCAUUCGUUGAUCCAUGGCUAUCUCCUCCACCAUCACAAUAUGGGGAUUAUCCGCCAAUUUGGACGGCUCCUAGCGAGCCAGACCAGUUUUUCUCACCACCUCUUGUACCAGUACCCACCUAA